AUGAAUUUGGAAGAACUAAUUGUGCGAUUCCAUAUUGAGGAAGAUAACCAUGGAUUUAAGAAGAAAUCCGGUGGUCACAUCAUGCAAGCAAAAACUAAUGUUGUGGAACAAGGACAGCAUCGUGCUAAAGAUUGUCAUAUUUGCGAGGAAAGCGGAAACUCGGGCAAGAGGACAACACAAGCACACAUGACCAAAAUCAACUACAUCUCUGAUAGAGUGGGAGACAUUAGUCUCUUUGUUGUGGUUUGUGAAAAGAACUUAGUGAGCAACUCCAAGGAAUGGUGGGUGGACACUGGGGUUACUCGUCAUAUCUGCGCUGACAAGAAAAUGUUCACGACCUACAAAGUUGUAGAGAGUGGAGAACAACUCUUUAUGGGAAACUCUUCAACCGCUACAGUCGAAGGACAAGGAAAAGUCGUGCUCAAGAUGACUUCGGGUAAAGAACUCACUCUUAACAAUGUACUCUAUAUGCUAAACAUUUGCAAGAAUCUGAUUUUCGGGCAAUUGCUAAUCAAGAAUGGAUUUAAAAAGGUGUCUGAGUUUCAAGAACUUAAGGAAGGCAAUAUGUUAAUAGCAGAGUAUGAAGCCAAGUUUACUGAAUUGGCCCAGUUUUCUCCACACGUGGUGGAUACUGAUUACAAGACGGCUUGA